CGCCGGCAUAUCGAAGACUCAGACACCGUAUGUGUCUGUAACAGCACUUAUUGCGAUGACUUCCCACCGAUAGUGCGACCAAAAGUCGGUUAUGUAUUGGUCUAUGAAAGCAACAAAAACGGCGAUCGUUUCAAAGAAAGUUCACUUAAAUUCAAGUCUUUCUAUGGAAACAAGAAUUGUGUGAAAAAUAAUUGCCUUAAAAAGGGUAAAGAAAAUCAAAUCAUAAUAUCUGUGGAUAAGAAUCAUAAGUACCAGAAGUUGUAUGGCUUUGGCAACGCUUUUACCGACUCAGCCGGUUAUAUGUUGAGUUCAGUCGAUCCAUCCCUGGCCUCCGCUAUAAUAAAUAGCUAUUUCUCUGCAAAUGGUAUUGAAUUUUCUUUCGGAAGGGUUCCCAUCUCUGGUACCGACUAUUCCCUGCGUCCCUAUACUUAUGAUGACGUCUAUAAUGACUAUACAUUAAAAUAUUUUUCACUACAAAAAGAGGACUUUGAAUAUAAAAUACCAUACAUAAAACAAGCACAGAGUGUCUGUCCACAUACACUUAAGCUGAUUGGCAGUAACUGGAGUCCACCCGUUUGGAUGAAACAAAUUGAGGAGUUUAUAGCUCACAGUGAACUUAAAGGAGAUGUCGGCGGACAGUACUAUCAAAUUUUGGCCAAUUAUUUGCUAAAAUUUCUUGAGGCGUACAAAGAGAAUGGUAUAAACCUUUGGGGACUGACCACUGAAAAUGAACCGGUUGACGAUCAUAAGCUUAAUAAUUUAAAAAUGUCACCUGAGCAAAUCAGAUAUUUUAUUGAACAUAACUUGGGCCCAACUCUUGCCAAAGCCGGGUACAAUAAGAAUAAACUAAAACUAAUGAUUUUGGACGACAACACACCAUUCCUGGCCAACUGGACGGACAUUAUUCUGGCCGACAAUAGACUGGCACAGUAUGUGUCGGGUAUAGCCAGCCAUUGGUAUUACAAUGAGUUAAUUGGUGCGAGAAGUGUGGCAGAAAUACUUGAAUAUGUUCACCACAAACACCCUGAUUAUUUUAUUCUCAACACUGAAGCGUGCAUUCUCAAUGGACCUGGAAAUGGAAAGUGGUCUUAUGCGGAACGGUAUGCCUUUGACAUAAUAAAUCAAUUAAAUCAUUGGGCCGUUGGUUGGAUUGAGUGGAAUAUGGCACUGGAUCUAAAUGGUGGUCCCACUUGGUUUGAAAGGCAAGGCUGUGGUGGACCCGUAUAUAUUAAUCCUCUGAAGGGUGAGGCCUACAAACAGCCCACUUUCUACGCUUUGGGACAGUUUAGUAAAUUUAUUUCACCCGAUUCUGUACGCAUUGGACACGAGUUGGUGUCCAGUGUUGACGACAUAUACGUAUUGACUGCCAAACGGCCCGACAAUGGAGUGGUAGUCGUUGUACUCAAUAGAGGCGACGAUAUCAUGGAAUUGAAUCUUUAA